ACCCCCAAAUGGGGGCACGCAGCCUAAAAUAUAAUUUUCUAUUUACAGCCUCCUUUGUUAAAAAUAUCGAUUAAAUUAUGGGUUUUCAUGAAUCAGUAAAUACCUUAUAUUAUUGUUUUAGAAUUUAAUUAUAUCAUACACUUUAUGUGACUCAGGAUCUUAUACAGCUAAAUUAUCAUGCUAUAUUUAAAACCUUUAAUAUUAAUUAACCAUUGUUUUUUAGAUAUAAUUUUAAAAAAUUAAAUUUUUAAAAUAAUUUUUAUAACAUUUUAAUUUUAAAACAAAUAUUACAUUAAUAUUAACCACACAAUCUUUGGAAUUAAAAAUUAAUAUUUUUUGGAGGCGUUUUUAAUCCUUGCAAAAGAUCUAAAAUAAGAGAUAUUUAAUAUCAACUAAAAUGUUUCAACAACUAUUAAAAAUUUUGGAUGACCCAAAUGAUGAAGUUCUUAUUAAUAAUAAUCUCAUAAAUGAUAAUAAUGGUGGAAAUAGAGUCAAAAAAUUUGAAAAGGUUCAACAAUUCUUAGACAAUUUUGUUAAUAAUCAUUCGACUGAUACAUUUAUAUUCCCUGAACUUAGACAAAGCUCUGACAGUGAUAAAGAAAGAGUAUUUUCAUUUUUGUUUGAAGUUCUUAAAGAAGAAAAAAUGGCUGAAUUACAAAUAUUAAAUGAAGAAAAUGCAGAAAUAAACAAUGAUAAUUUAAAAAAUCACCUAGGAUUUUGGUCAUUUUUUAGUCAUGGAAAUAAAUUUAGAAAAUCAAGUUCUUAUAAUAUUGAUUAUGAUGAAUCAUACCAUCAAGAUCCAGAAUUUUUUGUUAAUUUAACAGCUCUCAAACUAACUUGCCUUAAAACAUUGAGAUUGUUAAGCAGGGACAAAGAACUUUAUGCUGAUAAGAGUAUGGAUAAAAUUAUAAAUGGGGAAAAUUUAAUGAUUUUGGUUAAAUUAAUGAAGACAGAUCCUACUCCACUUGAAAAUAUUAUAAAUGAAGAUGUUUAUGAAAGCAAUGAAAAGAAUUAUACCUACAAUGAAAAUUUUAGAAAUUCCCUCCUGGUAAACACUAUACCUGAAGAAGAAAAAAUACAGAUAAUUGAAGCGCAAAAAUGCUUGUGCAAUCUUGUUUAUAACGAUACUAGAGCUAGGAAGAUCCUGGCAUCCAGUCUAGCACCUCAGAUAAUUUUGAAUCGGAAUGAAAGAUUUUGGAAAAUUCCUGGAAAUCGAGAUUUGGUGUUUUUUGAUUUGAGGCUUCUGUUUUUACUGUCGGCGUUCGAGUCGGACCUCAGACUAAGGCUAAUGGGUUUUUUCGACAAUUCAUUUAUGGACCUUACGCUUCCCAAACUUAACGAUAUGUUAGACUAUUUUGCCAAAUUGGAGAGUGUAUUUGUUAUGAAAGAUGACGAUGAAUAUGGUGCAUUUAAACAGGUUAAAGAGAAAAAAGGAAUCACAAACGAAACUAAAGGCCAAACUAUUUUGCUAGACUCCGAAGUUGACAUUAUAAAUGAGCUUUUAAAAGUGCUUUUUAAUGUAACUAUGGUUCUUAAAACUUAUAAAUCUACUGGAAAAGGCUCCGAUAAAACUUUGAUUUUAGCUACUCCUGACCAACCAGUGCAAAUCAAAAGGCUAACCCUAACUUGUCGCUACUUGUUGUGCUACGUCUCAGCUCGAAAUUUAUGUCAGAGUCAGUCGAAAAGGAUGGAACUCGACAGUAACACAAUCAAUCUUCUAACCAAUAUUCCUGUUGCUAACUAUUGGUCUCUGAUUCCCUUGGUACACGAUACUGGAGAUAAUAAAUAUGCUAAUUUGAAAGACUUUUUUACCGAGAAAGUUAUGAAUGUGGAUGUUAAAUAUGCUAAGCCUGGCGAAAAAAAAAAGAUAGGUGAGGAAGUGAUCGAGAAAUAUGAUAUGACGGCUAUAGCAGAAAUUUUAGACUUUUUGCGAUUCCAAUUUGAUCAAAUCUACCCUUUAAAUUCUAAAAAUAUAUCAAACAACGAUCAUCGGCUGCUAGAACGGGAGGCCAUUGUGCCUUCCUUAUUACUGUUCAGUGAGUUGGCCAAACAUGUAAGACCCAUACGUAAAUACCUCAAAUCCGUUAUUUUACCUAAACUCACAUCUCAAGAUCUUAAAUGUUUUCCAGAAACAGGAAACACUCUACGAAAUAGGCUUUGCAAAUCAAUGACCUCGCAUUACACUGACCUCAAAGAAUUGUCAGCUGAAUUGCUUUUUACGCUGUGCAAAGAAAAUGUGGAUAGGUUAGUCGAAUAUACCGGUUAUGGUAACGCCGCCGGCAUAUUGGCUCGAUUGGGACUUAUGACUGGUGGUGUAGGACCUAAUCGAAGGGUUUAUUCUGCCGAUAGCUCAGAUAAUGAUGACGAAGAACGCAAGAAUGUUAACCCUAUAACGGGCCGCUUGGAGUCCGAGGAAGAUAUUCAAGCGAGACAAAAAGCUUUUAACGAUUUGACGGAAAGUGAAAAGGAACAGAGAGCUAUAGAAAUUGCUCAAUUGCUUAAGGGUAUGAAGGUUACUGGAACCCUAAAGCCAGUGGCUAUAGGCAGAGAUGGAAGGCCUAUACCUUUAGACGACUUUGACAGCACUAUUUAGCUAAUUGCAUAGAAUACGUUGUAUAUAAUUUUUUUAACGAAACCAUGAUACAUAUGUUUUAUAAAAAUAAAUGUUCCCAGCUUUAUGCAAUAAAUACACCUAAAUUCAAAUUAUAUAUAUAUUGUAAAUUAUAAUAUUUCGUUUAUAGAGAUAGAUAAUUAUGUUUUUAUUUUUUCAAUUUUUUAUAGACAUUCAUUCAAGUAGA